CCUCGCCAAACAAACAGAAAAAAAAAAAAAAUCAAAAGAACACACGAAACAGAGAGACCUGAAGGCGAGAGAUGAAUAGUGUCCAGGCGAUAAAGCGUAUUCCUCGCGUCAAAUUCCCUCUGAGACAUCUAAACUCCUCAGGCUCUGCUUCACAACCUGAAGCAGCAUUAACAACUGGAGAUGUUCAUUCAGCUCUGUUUUCCAGGUCAGGAGUCCCAGGGACACCUACCAACACUUCUGUAGGAGGGAAGGCUUCUUCUCAGCCAAAACGCACACCAGUCACUGACAGGGAGAUUGAAGCUAUUUUGUUGGGUGGCUGCACCUGAUAUUUUGACCUACAACUCCAACAGAAAGGAGGGUAUGUUGGGUUUGUUUUACCCCUUUAUUUGUCUUUCUUUUGUGAAAAUGUCAAACAUAUACCUAGUGGAUAAUUUUCUUUCUUCAUCGUGUUAUAUAGAAGAAGGGAUGGAAUAGUUGGGUACUUCACUAACAAUAACCCAAUUAAAUAUUUGUCA